GUUGGCCUUCAAAGUUGGGCCUUCAAGUUGCCAACGCCAGCAUUGGGUCCCCUUGGCCCUGGGGCGCCCUUGCCAUUGGCCCUAGUAGCUGGAACAGUGGGAGACGCUGUUGAAGAGGUCGAAGAGGCACACACCGUAGGUCAAAGUCGGUCUGAAGAGAAAAUCAAUGCUAGUUACAGUGGGUAAUCUUAUCAGGCUGUGGUAAUUUGAUUGGCAUGGGCGCUAUGGCUAUUGUAGAAGAAGCUGGGAAGGUGGAGUUGCGGCUGGAGAAAUAUGGGGAAGAAUUUAUGAGGAUGUUUGAUGACAGUGACAGCGACACUGGGCGUCCGGCGCAUGAGCCAAGCAGCGGUCCCGCGUCCCGCACAGUGGAGCAAGAUGAUGCCGCCACCACAAGUGGCGAGGAGGAGGAGGAGGACGAGGAGGGCGCCCAGCGGGGGACUCUGCGGCAGGCGCCGGUGGUGGUGUUUGAUGGAGGGGUGGGGAGCAGCACGCCAAGGGCCGGCAGGCGGGACCGCCGCAACUUCCUGUCUCCCCGGGUUGCGGACGUGUUGCGAGAGGGGGGCCGCGGCGCUGCGGCAGGGGACAGCGACGAGGAGGCUCUGCUGGGCAGUGCGGAGUUCCAGCGGAUGGCGCGCGAGGUGGAGCUGCUGGGGGCAGCGCACCUGGACAAGCACGAGAAGAAGAAGUGGGAGGCGCGCGCGCUGCAGCAGAUGGGGGCCAAGCCGGCGAAGAGUCCUCGCAUGCCGCUGACGAUUGGGUCCGGGAUCGAGAAGAAGCGCAAGGAGAGGGAGGCGAAAGCGUUUGAAGAGGACGUGGCGAGCGGCAUGGUGCGCGUCAAGGGGAGCGGCGCGGCCAAGCGGCGGGCAGCCAAGCACGAGAAGCGGAGGGAAGGGGACCGGGGUCUCAAAGCCUCGGACGGCACGUUCCGUGGCGGAGUGUUGUAUAUUAAGAAAGAGGCGGGGAAUCCGGUACGAGAAGGCCGGUCGGGGAAACGGAAGAGUAUGGGGGACGAUUUUGAGGGAGACUCGAGGAAACGGGCGAGGAAAGGGCCGGGGGCCAAAUCGAAAAAGAAAAAGUCGAAGAAGAGGAGGUGAGGCUGUCGUAGGCACCCUUUGACCGGGAGUGCACAAUGACUGCCAGAGGUUUGCAACAGAACACUGAGGGAUGUUGCGAACGAAAAUCCGGAUUUCAAGCGGGGACUUAUCAUUUGAGCUUCCCAAGGGAUGCUCGAGUGGUUCAAAGGGUAUUGUCCCGGCUGUGUACUGGCGUGAAGUCUAAAGCUGUGUGAAGUCUUCGUUCUUUGUUUGUGUGCG